CAUGUUUCAGCGCUUCGGUUUCAGUUAAGUUGUCGGCAAGAGGAAAUUUUGCAAGUCAUGGUGGGCCAUUCAAAGCAAGAGGGGAGUGACAAGCAUAUGGAUAUUUAGGAAAAUAAGUGCGUAGUUAGUUGAAAGUGACUUAUGACAGUGGCUGUGUAUGCAUAUGGAGACAUUCUGAGUCAUUUGUCAGUCAACUCCUUUUGAAGUGGAUGAAAGUUCACGUACACACAUAUAAAGUGGAUAAACGUUGGACAUUAUUUGGGUGAAAAUACCUUCAAGGACGACAAAGAAGACUAUAUUUUUUUAAAUAUAAUUUUUAAAAAUAUAUAUCUUCUGUUUAUUAGAAGCAGAUGAUAGAAAAAAGAGAGCACACUUUUGUUUAUUUUGUUUUUUUCCCUAAAUCUGCUUCAUUUUUCUAUUAUAUAAAAGCCUAAACCUAAUUAGGUUUGACGUUUGUUUGCGUGUAAUUUUUGUUUUUACUUUUUAGUUACUUUUUGAGUUUUCUUUUUUGUUCCUUUGCAAAGAAAUGCUUUACUUGAAAAAGUACUUCACAGAGGGUCUUAUUCAGUUCACUAUCCUCCUGAGUCUAAUUGGGGUGCCGGUGGACUUGGACACCUACUUAAAUAAUCAGCUCCCCCCACUGCGUGAGAUCAUUCUGGGCCCCAGCUCGGCCUACACCCAGACGCAGUUCCACAAUCUCCGUAACACCCUGGACGGCUAUGGGAUCCAUCCUAAAAGUGUGGACCUUGACCAUUUUUUUGCCACCCGUCGGUUGUUGAACCAGGUGCGCUCCUUGGAUCAUUUGCGCGUGCCCAGCACAGAGCUGAGUGCUUGGCUGGUGCAUCGUGACCCUGAGACUGUGGUUUCGGCAACCAGCCAGUCCGGCCCCAGCAUUGCCCUGGACAAUGGGGGCAGCCUGGAGGACGUGAACAACUCUGAAGCCUCGGCCAUGAGAGGGGCUGGCAGUGCUACUGAGACCACUUACAGCCCCAGUGGAGAGGACAGUCUGGGAGCUGUGGCCCCUGAGGACAUUCAGGAGCAAGCGAACAGAGAAAGCAGUGACGAUCUCUCCAAAGAGGACAUUGACCUCAUAGACAUCCUUUGGAGGCAAGACAUUGACCUUGGUGCCGGACGAGAAGUUUUUAACUAUAGCAGUCGACAGAAAGAGAGUGAAACUGAUAAACCCAGUGAAGAGAAUGAGGAGGCAGGUGGAAGAGAGGAAAACUGGAGAAAUGGACUUAAUCUGCAAGCAGUACCGAGCCUUACUCAUGUUGAUGGAGAGACAGGAGAGAGCAUACCUGAAGAGCUUACCAGUCUCGGUGCUCAGACCUCGUUGUCCCUGCAGGAAUGUCUGAGGCUUUUGGAGGCCACUUUCCCGUUUGGAGAAGAGCAAGAGCUGAGAGCUUCAACUGAGGAAACUCCAUCUACAUCGCAGGGGCUGCCCAUACAAGCCCCUCUAUCCCAAUCUGAUACACCAUUAGACCUGGAGCAACAGUGGCAGGACAUUAUGUCUAUAAUGGAACUGCAGGACAUGGAAGUAAACAAUACUGCUGUAAACAUCACCAUUAAUGAUCCCAAUAACAACAACAAUGUCAGCACCCCAGAAUCGGCCACAGUGGAGAGCUUUGGUGCCCUUCCAUCCACUCUCAUUAAUGAGGAUGUUAGCCUUCACCAGGCAUCACUUCCCAGCUGCAGCCAGGAUUUUCCUACACUCUUCAACCCCGAGUUGGAUUCCACUGGGGUACAACAGCCUACCUUAGUCAGGCUGUCUUCCAGCAAUUCAUCCAACAUCAACUCAACGUUUGGAGCUACUAACUUGACCGGACUCUUUCUUCCACAACCUCUAAACAUUACAACCAACCUAACCACCACUCCUGUGAUGCCAGACCCCUUUACUACCCUGCUGGAGGAGUCUAUGCUGGAUGAAAUUAGCCUGCUAGACCUUGCAAUGGAAGAAGGCUUUAGCCAAGCCCAGGCAUCUCAGCUUGAGGAUGAGCUUGAUUCAGACUCGGGUCUUUCACUGGACUCCAGCCAUAGCCCGGCCUCUCCCAGCAAUUCGGAGACAUCGUGCUCAUCUGCUGCAUCGUCCUCGUCCACCUCUGCAACAUUUUCAGAGGAAGGAGCUGUUGGUUACAGUACUGAUUCGGAGGCAGCUACAGCUGAAACGGAGGAAGGGGCAGUCGGAGGCUACCAGCCGGAGUACAGCAAGCUGUGUCGCAUGAGCUUCCAAGAUCCAUCUCAGUUCCAUGGCAUACCGCAAUUGGAAAGUGUCAAUCACAACCACACUUACAAUCUACCACUGGCAUCGCCCUAUUCUGAGCACUCCCAGGUGUCACCUUCCAGCAGUAAGAAAGGUAAUAACAAGCAGACGCAGCAAACAAAGCUCCAGCCACCACACGACUUUGUAGACAGGCAUUCAAGCCGUGACGAACGUAGGGCGAGAGCCAUGGACAUCCCAUUCUCCAACGAAAAGAUAAUAAACCUACCCGUCGAGGAGUUCAAUGAGCUUCUGGCCAAGUAUCAUCUGAAUGAGGAUCAGAUGUCCCUCAUUCGUGAUAUCCGCCGGCGUGGUAAAAACAAAAUGGCUGCGCAGAACUGCCGCAAACGCAAGCUAGACACCAUCCUCAACCUCGAGCAGGGGGUGCAGGAUCUGCGACGGGAUAAGUCUCGGCUGCUGAAGGAAAAGAUGGAAUUCAUUAAAUCCAUCAGACAGAUGAAGCAGAAGGUUCAAAACCUUUACCAGGAAGUGUUUGCACAACUGCGGGACGAGGAAGGGAGACCCUACUCCGCCAGCGAGUACUCGCUGCAGUACGGCCCCGACGGCAGCGUACUCCUCAUGCCUCGCAGCAUGACAACAGAGCAAGGCAAAAAGCCUGAGAAAAAGCAGAAGGACAAAAAGAAGUGAGGAGCUUGAACUGCUGCCCUUUUAUUUUUUGCAAAGGCACUGUCAUAAAAUGUAUUUCAAAAGGCAAAGGAAGCCUUUUUCUUUGAUGAGAUUCUAGCAAGGAGAAGAAAAUUGCAUCAUUGAUUACUCUUCCUGCAUUGGGUUUUCUUUGUUCUUUUUCGGUUCAGAAGUUUUCUCCUGAAAGCGGCAUUAAAGCAGACGUGCUUUGUGUAGUUAAGAUAUUUCAUCGAUGCACAUGUAAUGAGAAGGAUUGGAGAGAAGGAUGCUUUCAGUUGAACUGAAAGAAUUGUAAAGAAUGUGAGGGCAAAGUUCCCUCCCAAGAUGCUCACCAAUGGUCCUAAAAGUAGUAAAUGAAAAUAUUUAAAUGAAGGUAAGCUGACCAUAAAGAUGAAAGGAUUGUUACAGCACUAUAGGGGUGUUUGUUUAUACCCUGGUUUUACAUCUGUGGAUGAGGAAGAACCCUGUGAUGCUGAGAGCUUUUGCGAAAGAGCCUACAAGAGGCUGAGCAAGAAGUAUUGAAAUACAGGCAUGCCAAUACUAACCAAAGGUUAGAUGGCGCGAUUCUCGUUCCCAUAAAAAAAUCAUAACUCGUCUCUCUGUGGAUUUCAACAAAUUCAUGUUGUCACUUCAAUGAGAAAAAAAAAGAUGUUUCUGUCAUUGGACGGAAAUCUUGCCCAAAAUUCAAUGCCAUUUGCCAAGAAACCGAGAUGACGGGACACGUCGUGGUAAAGAGCGUACUUGGAUUUAGCUUGAAGCUUUGUGGAAAAGCAUUGGAUUAAAAGAGGUACAGAUGGAGGAUGGCUGCACACUGCAUUACUAAUAAAUCAGCUUUUGUAUCCUCUUCUGCACUGUAAAUCAACACUGUAGUUUGCCUAUAAGCUUUUGGUCUUUAGCUUAUAACUCUUCCGCUGGGGAAAGGGUUUCUUAGUCCCUCCAUCAGCUUUUAAAGCUACUGUCCCAUGUGCAUAAACUUUAAUAAGCCAUCAGACGUGGACACCUGAAUGGCAUCAAUGCGGUUUGCUUCUGAAUGAUGUGAUCAAGUCUGGUGUUUCUUGAUUGGUAUAUGGGAUUACAAACCAUUUGCUUCACAUUUUGGCUUGGUUGCAGGGCACAAUGCUCUGUCGCUAUGGCAACUUAUGCCAGCUUUUUUGUGUUGUAAUAGGGUCUUGGAGGAAACUCCAUUUUAUGAAAAGCAUUUUUAAAGUUUCAGUUGCAAAAUGCACACUGAAAUUUCAUAGCAGCAGACACUUUUGAGUAUUAGUUGUCAUUAGAUGGGUGAACGUCUUAGCUUAACGUGUGACGUGAACCUCUGUCCCUAAUGCAGCAUUUAUAAACACUACUUUCACAGAAGUACCUUCAUUGCUUUUUGAGUCACAAAUGGUCUCCUGGCAAAUUUAAGCAGUUUAGCUUGUGCCAAUAACCAGCUGGAUCAUGCUUAACUGCAGCUUAAAAAUUCAGCCGACCUGACGUAUCGAUUUAUUACAGAAUGGGGAAAAGAAACGUUAACGCUGAUGUGAAUGUUUAAUCUACACAAUGUUCACCUUCAUUCUGUCUCUGUCGCUUUUGUCUACACUGUUCAGAUAGUACCAUUUGACACAGUCAGUGUCUGGUGCAACAUGAAUAAAUAUGCAAAAAAAGUCAUUUUUGUCUCAAAACAUUAUAAGAGACGAUAUGUUUUAUGUUACUGGUUACAGUCAAUUAGUGUAGAUGGGCUAGAGACAAUGGACUAAAAGGAGUGAUUCCUUAGAUAUGUAUUACAAUGUCAUAACUACUUGUCAUUAAGCACUGUUGUUUUUGUUGGUCUUGUUUGUUUUGUAAAUAUUUUUAUGUUCUGUACGUCUCUCGUCCUAAAUGCUUGGUUAGCCAGGUCUUUUUGCACCUUGUUUAAAGUUGCCUGUUCGGAUAUUCCUGUUCAAUUUACAUUGAGAGAGUUGCUGGCAAUCUGGAAUUGUUGUUUUAUUAAUUAAUAAAACUUGGUUUCAUUUA